UAGUCAAAAAUAGACCAAGUCAUUAAUUUGAAAUUUUGAAUCUUCAAUCUUUGUGCAAUUACCAAAUGGAUCAUCUUCAUGUAGCAUUCUUUCCAUAUAUGGCUCAUGGCCAUAUAAUCCCAACCAUGAACAUGGCAAAGCUGUUUGCUAGGCAUGGAGUGAAAUCAACGAUCAUAACUACUCCCUUCAACGCAUCUACAAUCUCCGAAUCGAUCGAAACCGAAACAAACCUCGGUUUCAAUAUCGGAAUUCAGCUGAUGAACUUCCCUUCUGCAGAAGCAGAAUUACCAGAAGGUUGCGAGAUUGCAAGUUCAAUCAAUUCUCAAGAAAUGGCAAUAAAGUUCGCCAAGGCAAUGAGCUUACUUCAACAACCACUCGCCCGUAUCCUCAACGAAAUCCGACCGGAUUGUCUCGUUGCAGACAUGAUGUUCCCAUGGGCGACAGAAGUUGCACUUGAGUUCGGAAUUCCGAGGUUAGUAUUCCAUGGAAUAAGCACUUUUGCUCUGUGUGUUUAUAAUCAUUUGAACCGAUAUGAACCUCAUAAAACCCUAGAUUCUGAUACUGAGCCUUUUAUUAUCCCUGGCCUACCCGACCAGAUCAAGAUUACAAGAUCACAAGUACCAAAUUACAUAAAAGAAAAAAAUAACAAUAAACAAUCCGAAACUAUGGAUCGAAUACUAAAAUCGGAGGCGACGAGCUACGGAAUCUUGAUUAACAGUUUUCAAGAACUUGAACCGGCUUAUUUAGAGCAUUACAGGAAGGUGAUGGGAAGAAAAGCUUGGAGUAUUGGUCCGUUGUCUUUGUGUAAUAAUCAUGAUGAAUCUUUGAUUGGUGAAGAUGAAUGUUUAAGGUGGUUAGAUUUAAAGAAACCUAAUUCAGUUCUGUACAUAUGUUUUGGUAGUAUGUUCAAAUUCUCGGACUCUCAGUUGCUUGAACUUGCAAUGGCUAUUGAAGCUUGUGGGCAGAACUUCAUCUGGGUGGUCAAUAAGAAGGAAGAGAAUAAUGAAGAAUUGGUGCCAGCAGCCGCAGCGGACUCGGAAAUAUUUAAUUAUAAUGUCUCUUCAUGGUUGCCCGAAGGAUUCGAGAAGAGGACGAAAGAAAAAGGUUUAAUAAUAAGAAGAUGGGCCUCACAAGUGACAAUUCUUGCUCAUCAAGCAAUCGGAGUAUUCAUGACUCACUGUGGAUGGAAUUCAACCCUAGAAGGAGUUUGUGCUGGUGUACCAAUGGUGACGUGGCCACUUCAUGCAGAGCAAUUUUUUAAUGAAAAACUUGUGACAGAUGUUCUGAGAAUUGGAAUUGGGGUUGGUUCUCAAGAAUGGUCAAGAUAUGAGAAAAAGAUUAUAAUAAAUAAAAAUGAUAUUGAAAAGGCAGUGUGUAAGUUGAUGAUUGGUGAAGAAGGUGAAGAAAUGAGAAAUAGGGCAAAAAAACUUAAAGAGAUGGCAAGAAAUGCUGUUGAAGAAGGAGGUUCAUCUAAGAAUGAUUUGAUUGGAUUGUUAAAAGAACUUAAGAGUAUCAAGAAAGCUAAUUAGGGCUAAAUUAGUUGAUAAACACUUCUACUC